UAAACGAGAAAUCAGAACAGAAAAUAAAAGAAGAGAAAAUAAAAGAAGGUAGUUAGGGUUUUGGUGCGAGAAAAAUGGGGAAGAAGAAGUUGGAGAUAAAGCGAAUCGAGAACAAAAGCUCUCGGCAGAUAACAUUCUCGAAGAGGCGCAAUGGAUUGAUGAAGAAAGCUCGCGAGUUGUCCAUUCUCUGCGAUGCGAAGGUGGCGCUCUUCAUCUUCUCCAGCACCGGGAAGCUUUUCGACCUCUGCAACGGUGACAGUUUGGACGAGGUCCUGCAACGAUAUUGGCAUUACAAAGGAGUGAGUGGUGUUGACUCAAAGGAACGCCACAUUAAAAUUGCAGAGAUUUUGUAUGAUGCAACGUUUUCUGAAAUGGUGAAAAGGCGAUAUGGUGUUUCUGAACUUGAACAUCUUUGUCUGACUAACCUUAUGGAACUAGAGAAAUUCAUUCAUACUGCUCUUUCACAAAUCAGAUCAGCAAAGAUGCGAUUGAUGAUGGAAUCCGUAGAUAAUCUUAAGAAAAGGGAACAUACACUGAGAAAAGAAAACGAGCAUUUGCAUAAACAGAUUAAGGCAAUGGAAAAUGCUAACUGUGUAAGCAACAUGGUGACACUGACUAUAGACUGUGAUAAAACAGAUAUGGAGGCAGCACAACUCUGGAGCCAACUUGCACUCAAUCCAUGAGAAUAACUGCACCUCCUAAAUUAAAUAAAUAAAUAAAUAUAUUCUUCUCUUAUUUAUAUUGGGUUGAAACAUGGAGGAAGUUUGGUUCAGAAAUUUAGCUACUAUAGUUUAUGCCUUAUCAAUUCAUAAGUGGCAUACUAAAUACUAUCAAUCAUUACUUUUAAGGCAUAUUUUCUGAAAGCUGAGCCUCUUUUCGCUAUAACGACCAG